GGCGCCUCGUUAAUUCUAGCCUCCCAGCGCCGGAGUCCCUCGCGGGCCGGGGCGGGGCGUCCGGCCAGCUGAGCUACUCCGGCUGACCGCGCCAGUUUGAAUGAAAGCUCCGCAAGAUGGCGGCGGCCAAAGCCGAGGAGUGGGGAGGUGAGGCUGGAGCGCGGUGUGACCGGCCGCCGGGUCCGCUCCGGAGGCACAAGCCCAGGCGGACGACGAUGGGGGCGGGACGCCGCCGCGCGGACGACCUGAGAGCGGGACGCUCGCCGCGGACGGCUACGGGCUCCAAGCGAGCGUGCUCCCCGGUCCCGCGGGCCCCGGUCGCCGGUGGCGUGUGUGCACGCGCUGCCUCUUUCAAGGCCUGGUGUGUUCCUUGCCUAGUUUCACUUGAUACUCUUCAGGAAUUAUGUAGAAAAGAAAAACUCACUUGUAAAUCGAUUGGAAUCACCGAAAGGAAUCUAAACAAUUAUGAGGUGGAGUACUUGUGUGACUACAAGGUAGUAAAGGGUGUGGAAUAUUAUCUUGUAAAAUGGAAAGGAUGGCCAGAGUCUACAAACACGUGGGAGCCCUUGAGAAACCUCAAGUGUCCACAGCUCCUGCAGCAGUUCAAAAGUGACAAGAGUAGUUACUUAUCUAGGGUAAAGAAAGGCAAGACACUCACUUCAAAAGACAGAAACAGAUUCUUGAAACGUGCCGUGGCCGAGUACAUUGUAAAGAAAGCCAAGCAAAGAAUAGCCCUGCAGAGAUGGCAAGAUUACCUCAACAGAAGGAAGAACCACAAAGGGAUGAUAUUUGUUGAAAAUACUGUGGACUUGGAGGGCCCGCCGUCAGACUUCUACUACAUUAACGAAUACAGGCCAGCUCCAGGGAUCAGCUUAAACAGUGAAGCUACCUUUGGGUGUUCAUGUACAGACUGCUUCUUUGAAAAGUGUUGUCCUGCUGAAGCUGGGGUGGUUUUGGCUUAUAAUAAGAACCAACAAAUUAAAAUCCAGCCUGGCACUCCCAUCUACGAAUGCAACUCAAGGUGUCGAUGUGGACCUGAUUGUCCCAAUAGGAUUGUACAGAAAGGCACACAGUAUUCACUGUGCAUCUUUAGAACUAGCAAUGGUUGUGGCUGGGGCGUGAAAACCCUUGUGAAGAUUAAAAGGAUGAGUUUUGUCAUGGAAUAUGUUGGAGAGGUAAUCACAAGUGAAGAGGCUGAAAGACGGGGACAGCUGUAUGACAAUAAAGGGAUCACAUAUCUUUUUGAUCUGGAUUAUGAAUCUGAUGAGUUCACAGUGGAUGCAGCUCGAUAUGGAAAUGUGUCUCAUUUUGUGAAUCAUAGUUGUGACCCAAAUCUUCAGGUGUUUAGUGUUUUCAUUGAUAACCUUGAUACUCGGCUUCCCAGAAUAGCAUUAUUUUCCACGAGAACCAUAAAUGCUGGAGAAGAGCUGACUUUUGACUAUCAAAUGAAAGGUUCUGGAGAAUUAUCUUCAGAUGCUAUUGACCACAGCCCUGCCAAAAAAAGGGUCAGAACUGAAUGCAAAUGCGGAGCUGAGACCUGCAGAGGUUACCUCAACUGAAACUUAAGGAAACGGAGCUCAGGAUGGUUGUUUUUUCAUCUAAAAAAUGAAAAAGUAUUUGGGACUCCUUUCU